UCCGUCUCCCCAGCCCGGGUGGAGGCGCGUCCUGGGGGAUGGGGGGCGCAGCCCUCCUGCUCCUGCUCGCGGUGGCCGCGGCCCCGGGGGAGACCCGGGAGGGCCCCCACUCCAUGAGGACUUUCGACACCACAAUGUCCCGGCCCGGCCUCGGGGAGCCCCGCUUCAUCGCGGUGGGCUACGUGGACGACACGCAGUUCGCGCGGUUCGACAGCGACUCCCCGGGUCAGAGCGCCCAGCCGCGGGCGCCCUGGGCGGAGCAGCUGGGGCAGGAGGUGUGGGACGAGGAGACGCGGAUCCUAAGGGACCAAGCACUGUGGUCCCGAGCGCAGCUGGACGCCCUGCGCGGCCUCUACAACCAGAGCGAGACCGGCUCUCACACCCUCCAGGGGAUGUUUGGCUGCGAAGUGGGGCCCGACGGGCGCCUCCUCCGCGGGUACAGUCAGUUCGCCUACGACGGCGCCGAUUACCUGGCCCUGAACCGGGACCUGCGCUCCUGGACCGCGGUGGACACGGCCGCUCAGAUCACCCGGCGCCAGUGGGAGGAGGAAGGUCGGGCAGAGAGAUUCAGAAACUAUGCGGAGGGCAAGUGCUUGAGGUUGCUGGGCACAUUCCUGGAGUACGGGAAGGAGACUCUGCAGCGCACGGAUCCCCCAAAGACACGCAUGACCCACCACCCCACCUCUGAGGAUGAGGUCACCCUGAGGUGCUGGGCCCUGGACUUCUACCCAGCGGACAUCACCCUGACCUGGCAGCGAGAUGGGGAGAACCUGACCCAGGACAUGGAGCUGGUGGAGACCAGGCCUGGGGGAGAUGGAACCUUCCAGAAGUGGGCAGCUGUGGAGGUGCCUUCUGGAGAGGAGCAGAGAUACACGUGCCAUGUGCAGCAUGAGGGGCUGCUGGAGCCCCAAGUCCUGCGAUGGGGUGAGGAGGAGGAUGUGGGCACAGAGGCUGUUCUCAGGGCCAUUAGGAGCACUUCUGGAGACCUUCGGAGUGUC